GUCGAGUGUGGAGCUCAUUCAUACAAAGAGGAUCUCCAUCUCCUCAAUUCACUCUUCCUUGUAAAUCCAUUGAAAUCUCUUACCGUAGAGUUUACUCGUUGCUGCACGUUUCUUCUCUUCUUUCGACGAAAACAAUUGAAUCUUCUGUCUGCAACCACAUUCAAGUCGAUCAAGAACAUGUUACCUCGCGAAUCUACUUUCGGAUUUAGGACAAGGGUUCACCUUUUUCUGUUGAUUUCUUUCACCAUUUUCAACUUAGCCCACUGUGAACUCGAUUUUCGAGCAACAAAGAAGAGAUAUAUGAGAGAGAAGGUCCGGAAAAUGUUUUACCAUGCAUAUGACAACUACCUGACUCAUGCAUUUCCGCAUGAUGAACUAAAGCCUCUUAGUAAGACAUUCACAGACUCACUUAGUGAGCUUGGAAAUUUGAAGCUAGAACACUUACCUCAGAACUACAAUGGGUCAGCCUUGACACUUAUUGAAUCAUUAUCCAGUCUUGUUGUGUUGGGUAACAACACAGAAUUUGAAAGGGCAGUUCUUUGGCUUUCUGAAAAUCUUAGUUUCGAUGUUGAUGCAAGGAUAAGCCUGUUUGAGUGCAACAUAAGAGUUUUGGGAGGGCUUGUUUCUGCUCAUAUUCUUGCAACUGAUUCUUCAAACAGGUUGGUUCAAGGGAAAUACAAGAACCAGUUACUUACUUUAGCUGAAGAUUUAGGUCAGCGCUUCCUAUGUGCAUUUGAUACUCCAACAGGAUUGCCAUAUGCAUGGAUUAAUCUUAAGUAUGGAGUGAUGGAGAAUGAGACAACUGAAACAAGCACGUCAGGAUGUGGUUCGCUUAUUCUUGAAAUGGGUGCUUUAUCAAGAUUAACUGGAGACCCCAGAUAUGAGGCUGCAGCCUUGUGUGCACUUCGUAAGUUGUGGAGCAUGAGAAGUCCUUUGGAUCUCCUAGGCACAACACUUGAUGUGGUCAAAGGGGAGUGGAUAGAAUAUUCAUCUGGCAUUGGAGCUGGGGUUGAUUCUUUCUAUGAGUAUCUAAUCAAAGCACACAUUCUUUUUGGAAGGGAGGAAUACUGGGACAUGUUCUGUUCUGCUUAUGUUGCUGUGCAGAAAUAUUUCCGGCAUGGACCGUGGUAUCAUGAAGCUGAUAUGAGGACUGGAAAGGCAACCUACUGGCAGCUUACCAGCCUUCAAGCAUUUUGGCCUGGUCUACAGGUUCUUGUUGGAGACAUUUUGGCUGCUAACUCUUCACACCGUGAGUUUUUUCAUGUCUGGGAAAGAUUUGGUGUGUUACCUGAAAGGUAUUUGCUGGAUCGUGAAAUAUUGCAUCCUACAGAGAAAUAUUAUCCUCUGCGCCCUGAGUUGGCAGAAUCCACAUUUUACUUGUAUCAAGCCACCAAAGAUCCUUGGUACAUGGAAGUGGGUGAAUCAAUUAUAAACUCUCUUAAUUUAUAUACCAAAGUGGAAGGUGGCUUUGCAAGCAUUAAAGAUGUGACAACCAUGCAACUUGAAGAUCAUCAACAUAGCUUCUUCCUCGCUGAAACGUGCAAAUAUCUUUAUCUUCUUUUUGAUGAUUCAUUUUUGGUUGAUCAAAAUUAUAUAUUUACAACUGAGGGCCACCCUCUUCCAGUAUUAAGUGCUUGGCAUGAGAGGCUUCCAGAGAUCUUCAUUCCAAGAAACUGGAAUUCCGUCAAGAGGAACCAGGCAAAACGUGCAAGUUCAAUGUCUUUGCAAGUCUGUCCAGCUUCUACCUUGUCACGGGGAGGAAGUAUUGCUCAUUGUGUUGAGAGUGCUUGCCACGUCCCUGACGCUCGUGCUGAUCACGGGUGUACGAGUGAGGAGGAAUGUGGAAUUGACUCAACCAGUUGUCGGCAAAGAACAUGUAGCAUAGCUGGCUACUGUGGUCUGUGGCUGUUAAUAUCCUGACUCUGCUUAUGGCUAACUCUCCAGCAUCCCAAACAUAAAAAGUCAUUCUUUUCUCAACGAGGAAUAGCUACAAAUCCUAUGCGACAAAGAAUACGACUGAUAAAGAAAUUUUGUUCUGGUUUGAGUGUAAUCUAACGCUUGUGUAGGUAUGUGUGUACGAGUUAUUUUAUGUAGUUGGAAUCAAUUGAAAAAAGGUAGCAUACAUUUUGUAUUGGAAGCAUAUAAAUUAUUGUUUUGGUUCAGGAAAAUCAUUUUGAUACAAAUCAUGUAAGUUACUUGGAUGGCUCA